CGUCGAUUUUAUCUUUACAUAUUAAAAAAAAUGAAAAUUUAUUAACUAAAAAGUGUUCUAAACAUAUUUAAAAAAUGAGUUCACCAAGUUAUUUUUAUCGAGAAUAUGAUGUUCCUCUUGGAAUUAUAUGUAUUCAAAAAAUCCAAAGGUUUUGUUUUCCUAGAGUCACAUUUAACCGAGAAUUAUGUUACCGAACGAGCGUAUUAGUUUUAACUUAUUUAGCAUAUAUGUGCUAUCAUAUGACCAGAAAAUCAAUUUCUGUUGUAAAAGGAGUUCUCAAUCAAAACUGUUCAAGUUUAACGCCCCCAUCGGUUAUUUCACCCGAUGAGAUGAAUACGUGGUGUGAUUGGGCACCAUUUGAUGCAAAUAAUGCUCAAGCUUUACUUGGAACAUUAGAUUCAGCAUUUUUGUUUGCUUAUGCAAUUGCAAUGUUUAUGUCUGGAUUUGUUGCCGAACGUGUUAAUUUACGAUAUUUUUUAUCAUUGGGAAUGCUUUUUUCUGGCAUAUUUAGUUAUCUAUUUGGCAUUGCAAAAUCAUACAAUAUACACAGUUUGAGCUAUUUUAUUAUUGUACAGAUAUUUGCUGGUAUUUUUCAAACAACCGGUUGGCCGGGUGUUGUAACUGUCGUUGGUAACUGGUUUGGCGAGGGUAAAAGAGGAUUAAUUUAUGGAAUAUGGAAUUCUCAUACAUCGAUUGGAAACAUUGUCGGUACAUUAAUUGCAGCCGAUUAUGUAGAAUCUGAUUGGGCCUUAUCGUUUAUGGUUCCCGGUUUGAUAAUGGGAAUAUUUGGAUUUAUUUUAUUUCUAUUUUUAGUUGUGAAUCCAACAGAUGUAUAUUGCGCUUCACCUCGAAGUAAGCAUGGUACUCAACAACAUAAUGGAUCUAGAAAAAUGGAAAAUAAGAUUGCAAAUUAUGGUAGUUCAGAUGACAUUAGUUCUCAAACAGAUGACGUAGUAAUUGAUACAGAAGCAUUAAUCGAUCAGACGGACGUACUUCAACGAAGGUAUAGUGAACGUACUCCAAUUUUACGGCAGCUACCAAUACCAACGAACAAUCAACAAAAGGCAAUUGGAUUUGUUGGUGCUUUGAAAAUACCAGGAGUUAUUGAAUAUUCUCUAUGUUUAUUUUUUGCAAAAUUAGUUAGUUACACCUUUCUAUAUUGGCUUCCAUUGUAUAUAGAAUUUUCUUCGAAAAUGAGUGCGGUAAAUAGCGCACAUUUAUCAACUAUGUUUGAUGUAGGCGGUAUAGCUGGUGCAAUUAUUGCAGGAGUUGUUUCCGAUUAUUCUGGUAUGUCAGCAACAACUUGUGCUGGAAUGUUAUUUGCAGCAGUACCGAUGAUGUUUGUAUAUAAUAGUGAAGGUUCGUCAUCAUCGUUUGCAUUGAACAUAUUGAUAUUAACAGUGGUUGGACUAUUAGUAAAUGGUCCAUAUGGUUUAAUAACAACAUCCGUAUCCGCUCAAUUAGGUACACAUAGCUGUUUGGAGGGUAAUGCAAAAGCAUUAGCAACUGUAACAGCAAUUAUAGAUGGUACUGGCUCUAUAGGUGCAGCCAUUGGACCAUUAUUAGCUGGAUUCGUUAGUAAUUCAAAUAAAGAUUGGCAAAAUGUUUUUUAUAUGUUAAUGAUCUCCGAUAUACUAGCAUUAUUGCUACUAGUACGUCUAGUUAAACGUGAAUUUUUACAAUUACGACCAAAUCAUAUAGAAUGAUAAAUUAUUUCAUGGUUAGUUUCAAUUUUUUUUAAUUUAAUAAAAAUUUGUAUUAUAUUCGGUAUAUUUACCAACCCAUUUCCCUACUCCCUCAAUACUUUUGUAAAAAUUUGUAUUAUAUUCGGUAUAUUUACCAAAACAUUUCCCUACUCCCUCAAUACUUUU